AUGCAUCAAAGUAAAAUUAUAACUAUAUUUACCAUCAUCACAUGGAACCAUGCUUUUUGUUUUGCUAAAUUUGACGAAGUAUUCAGUUGGACUGAAUUAGAUUGGAAUAUUCCUGAAAAUAUAAAACAAAGUGAUCAAUAUAUACCGCGAAACGGAUUGCCUGUUGGGAUUGAACGAUGGAAUGAUAAAUUGUUUGUUUCUGUGCCUAGAUGGAGAAAUGGUGUUCCAGCCACGCUUAAUUACAUAGACCUAAAUCUUAAUCCGACUGGGUUCGGAGUACCGUUAGUGCCUUAUCCUUCAUUAGCAAAUAAUAUUGCAGGUGAUUGUGACAAUGGCUUAAGUACAGUCUAUCGGAUAAAAGCAGACCGCUGUAAUCGUUUGUGGGUACUCGAUGUUGGAACUACUGGAAUCGGAGACACAACACAACAACUUUGUCCGUAUGCACUAAAUAUUUUUGAUCUCAACACAAACAGAAGAAUACGGCGUUAUAUUUUCCGCCAUGAAGACACUAAUUUGAAUACCUUUAUAGCGAACAUUUUAGUUGAUGUUGGAGAUACUUGUGAAGAUUCUUAUGCAUAUUUCUCUGAUGAAUUGGGAUAUGGUUUAAUAGUGUACUCAUUUGAGGAAAAUACAUCGUGGCGAUUUGAACAUGGUUUCUUUUUUCCUGAUCCUCUUCGCGGUGACUUUAAUAUAGGUGGUUUGAAUUUUCAAUGGUUUGACGAAGGAAUCUUUGGCAUGUCCUUGGGUCCUAAAUUGACAGACGGAACUCGAUCAGUAUUUUUUAGUCCUUUGGCAAGUUUCAGAGAAUUUUAUGUCUCAAAUAGCAUUUUAAAAAAUAGCUCUAAGCCCAACAACAGUUAUCAUGAUUUUUACUAUCUGGAAGAAAGAGCUGAAAACGGCCACACUACGUCAAGAGUAAUCGAUGAAACUCAAGGAGUGCAGUUGUUUAAUUUGAUUGAUUUGAAUGCGAUUGGAUGCUGGGACACGAAAAAAUCAUAUAGUCCUUUUAAUCAUGGGAUCGUUGAUCAAAAUAAUGAAACAAUGAUUUUUCCAGCAGACAUUAAAGUAGAUGUAGAUCAAAAUGUUUGGAUAAUUUCUGACCGGAUGCCCAACUUCCUUAUUUCCACUUUAGACUACAACGACAUUAAUUUUCGUAUUUUUACUGCAAAACUCGAAGACUUAAUUAAAGGAACAAUAUGUGACCCAAAUAUCUCUCUUCAAAUAAAUAAAUGCGGAUCUGAUUCUGAUGACUACUCUCCGUAUUUAGGCGACACUUUAUCUUACUUCACAUACCCUUUUUACGGUCAAACGGUAGUUGAACCAAAUCAACAGGCACAACUAUUUAAUCCAGACCCACCUCAAAGAUUCCAAGGACAUGAAAAUCAUAAUGAAAACUCUUGGGUACCUUCAAACGAUGAUUCAACCAUGAACUAUUUUAUACCAGACGAAUACUAUGAUCAAUUUUCAUAA